GAAGCCCGAACCGCACCACACCUAAUCUUCCCCUUAUCCAAACCCGAUAAAACAUACCUCAUCAUAGCCCUCGACCUCGACGCACUAUUCGUGAACAUCCCCAUCCUCGGCCCAAUUCUGCACUGGAUCCAACCCGGCCUCAAAGCCUCUGCCGACAACGUCCUCACCACAAACGAGCCUUUUGUCGCAGAUUACAUCGGACCUGCUCCACCGCCUCUCAGCGGUCCUCAUCGGUAUUGCUUCUUUCUGUACGAGCAGCCAGAGAAUUUUGAUGGGAGGAAGUAUGCGCCGCCGAAUGGAGGGAAGCUUUCGGCGAUGAAGCGUAUGAGGUUUGAUGUGGAGGGUUUUGAAAACGAGGUUGGGUUGGGGGUGAUUGUGGGGUGUGCUUAUUUUAGGAGUAAUUGA